AUGUCCCCAUUUCACUUUUCCUCCCAUGCUCCACAGCUCAAAGCCCCCUUCGCGAGUCCGGCAGCUCAGCCAGCAGGGAAUGUCACUGCUCUGCACCAGGUCUCCUUCAAUACUCCUCCUCAACACACUCGAUCAACCCAAAACGUGAGCAAUCAAGUGCUGGGCAUUCAUCACGAUAGCAUCGCCUACAUGCGCCCAUUCGCUUCUAUGCUGCUGAUUCAGAUUUCCCUACCCGAAAGUGUCAGAGAGUAA